GCUCACACACUCUCACACACUCUCACAUGGAAGCAGUGGCCUCUGCCUGAAGUCUGUUGUUGUCGUUGUUGUUGUUGUUGCUGUUGUUGUGAUUCUGCAGAUUCAGACAUGUUACCUACGACUCGUCUGGGCAAGCGCUCUCCUCUCGGAGCGCUCUUGAACGCCACCUGCAUCACAGGUGACCCCGGCGUCACCGUGGCAACAGAGCACCCGGCCGUCGGCAGGGUCAAAGGUCACCCAGGGCUCAAGGUGUAUUUCCAGUGUGGGGGAGGGGAGUCCUUCUCAGGUGUGGAUCCUCUGGACUUCCUGCAGAAUGAAGUCUCUUCUCAUCCCUCUUCAGUUCCUCCGUCCUGCAGAAGAUCCGUCUCCUCGUGCAUCGACGUUCCCAGAAGUCAGAGGAGUCCGGAGCAGGUGGACGUUGAUGAGCUGAUGGCAGCGAUGGUGCUCAGCAGCCUGUCCUGCAGCAUGAACAGCCCCCCCGAGCCUGAAGCUCUUCAGAUGGACUGUGGCGGAGAUCUCUCCGACAGCAGCAGCGGAUACUGGAGCGUCGGCCUGACCAAUGGCAGCCCGACACCCUCUCCUCCAAUCACAGAGCCCGACGCCGGCCAGGCCCCGCCCCCUGACGAGGGUCUGGACAUGGAGCGGGAGACGGUGCUGUUCGACGAGCCGGCACCACGGAAACGCAGGAACUCAGUGAAGAUGGGGUACUGCUGUCUGUGGCCCGGCUGUGGGAAGGUGCUGACGUCUGUGGUGGGAAUCAAACGCCACAUCAGGACCACUCACCUGAGCCGCGGCAGUGAUCACGAGCGUUGCUCCCGCAGCGAAGAGGAUUUCUACUACAGCGAGGUGACCAAUCAGGAGUCUCCUCACCCCUCCCCCCCCUCCUCCCCCCCCGGAGACCCGCAGCCCCCCCCCUCCCUUCCCCCCCCCCCUUCCCUUCCCCCCCCCACUUCUCUCAGUCGCUCCGCCCCCUCCUCCUCCUCCUCCUCCUCCUCCUCCUCCGGCGGAUUCAUGAAGGUCCGAUCAGAUCACUCCUAUCAGGCUCUACCUGUCAGUCAUGUGACGUCAUCAGUGGCUCCGUCCACCAGCUGCCUCCAACAGGCUCCACCUGUCAGUCAUGUGACGUCAUCAGAGGCUCCGUCCACCAGCUGCCAAUCAGAUCAGGCUCCAUCUGUCAGUCAUGUGACGUCACCAGAGGCUCCGUCCACCAGCUGCGUCCAACAGGGUUUGGCGUUUCGGGCGCGUUCAGUGAGUGUUGGAGAACAAUGCCUGCAGAACGGCGCUUGCAGGAGGAUUCGUGGCGAGGCGAAGAAAUGUCGUAAAGUUUACGGCAUCGAACACAGAGACCAGUGGUGCACGGCCUGUCGCUGGAAGAAAGCCUGCCAACGGUUCCUCGACUGAAGAGGAAGAGGAAGAUGAGGAAGAGGAGGAGGAAAUACUGAGAGAAGACAGACUGAACCAGAGGGACGUCUCGUGGUAUCUGAAUCUAUAAAUAUUUUCCGUUCUCAUUUUUAUACUCUUUCUAUACAAGUUUUUUUUUUUUUUAAUCUUUGAAUGUAUUUUUUAGACGUCCUGUUUUUAUGAUGCACACGUUUGGGGGCAGCCAUGAUGUGACCUUUGAACCCUUGGAACUCUUGAAUUAUGAGAUUUGAAGCAGCCGAACGGGGUGGGUUAUAAAUAUAUAAAUACGGCUGUUUAUCGAGAUUAUUCACAAAAACAUUAAAAAACAGAAACGUUGACUUUAAAGGUCCCGAAUUAUACUCUUUGUCAUCAAUAUAUUACAGGUCUCAGAUAUAUAUAGAACAGGUGAUAAGGUGGGGGAGGGGGGGUUACCUUGGUUACUGAUUGGCUAAUGGUUACGCAACCCAAAAAAUCGUUAUGACAUCACAAAGUCACCAAAAUCUGCUCAGCUCAUUUUCAGACAGGUUUUUAUAGAAAUGGAUCAGGACAAAAAGAGAGAGAAUCUUUGUUCCUGAAACUUUCAGAGUCUCUUUACACAGAGGGGACACAUGUUGAUGUAGAAGAGACAUGAAGAAGAGGAUGUUGCAUAAUAGGUGACCUUUAAUUAAACACAUGAAGUCAACAGAUACUGUAUUAGGUUCGCUUAAAGCGAUAAUAUUAAGUUGCUGUCGACAUAAUACAUUUAAUUAACGUCAACGUUUCCGUUUUUUCAGGAUUAAAUAUCUUUACUUAAAGUGGACCUAUCAUGCUAUAUUUAAAUGAUAUAUUGUAGGGCCAUACCUAUAUAAGGUAUAUUUAUACGUUUCUGUU